AUGGGUUCUCAGAAUAUCAGUGGCCACGAUGAAUGGGAGCCCGUGAGGGGAAGUACCUCGAUUAAGCCGCUCUAUACUUCGAAGCCACUCUUUCCAAUCUCCGUAUCUGGGCCGUACCCGACAUCAAUACAGCCAGAGCUCGACAUGCCUCGAGAAGAAUCAUAUCACCUACCUCCCCGACUCUACCCAACGCAGCACACGCACAGCACGUUCUACGUUUCCAGUAACCAAAGGAUAUCCGACGAUCUCUCUGAGCUCCAGGAGCGGCAGAGGGUCGUUCAGGAAGAACAAGAACGAUUGUAUCGAAGUCAGACUGAACUCCUCAUCAGCUUACAAACAACAUGCCAGCAGCUGGGCGAGGAGAACACAAAAUUAAGAGACGCUCGCGAGGAGUUCGAGAAGUACCAGAAGACCAUGUCCUCUCGUGUGGAACUACAAACCGAAAGUUUACUAGCGUCCCACCAGUAUUACGUUACGGAGCUGCACGCUAAGAAUGCUUCGUUGGAAAGACAGGUUUCUAAACUGGAACGGGAGAAGGAUGAGUUACAAACCAAGUAUGAUGGACUUUUAGCGUCCACUCAAAAGAUCAAAGACGAAGAAGAGGUUGGCGACGGGCGGACACUUCCUGCCAUGGACAUGAAGCUCGAGUGGAUAACCAUGCAGGCGGUUAACAAAAACUUAUUCGCGCAUAAUCAAGCUCUACAACGCCGGUGCAUGAAAUUUUCCAAGCGCAAGCACAGCAAGUAG